AUGAAACUCCUGCUUCUGACUCUUACUGUCCUUGUGUUCCUACCACGCGUGACCCCAGAAUUAGGUGCCAAAAAAUGCCUUAAACAAGCCGGGCACUGCAAAAAAAGCUGUGAUGCUAAUGAAGAGAUAAAACCAGGAUGUAAGUCCCAAUCGGGUCGCGUGUGCUGUGUUCGCAAACAUAAAGGCAAGGACGACCUGGACAUCCACAUGGUGCCUAGGACUUCUCCUCUACCAGAAUAUGCAGUUUUUAACACACAUCCUAUGGAUUACAUUGUAACAGGACCACCCCAUACACCUGUGUACUAUUACAGCGAUACAGAAGAUGAACUAUCUGACCAGGUGGUAUCUUAG